AUGCCAGUCCCAAAGCCGAUUCUCAUCUCGGGCGGCGGCCUCUCCUCUCUGCUCCUCGGCCAGUCCCUGCUACGCUCCAAAAUUCCUUUCCAAAUUUUUGAGCGCGACUCUUCCUUUAUUUUUCGCGCCCAAGGGUACAGACUACGACUUUCCGCCGAAGGCCUCGACGCCGUGGAGUCGGUGCUCAGCCCCGAGCUGUGGGAGCACUUCUGGAGCAAGAGCGGCAAGACGGGCGGCUUGGGCUUCUCCGUACUCGACGCCGUUACCGGCGCGACCAUUGAGGAGACGCUGACUGUCGGCGGCGGCCUGUCGUCGCGCGGCGGCAAAGUGGUUGGCAUGGCGCGCGGCGACAUGCGCCAAAUAUUUGCCCAGGGCCUCGAAGACCACAUCCAGUGGAACAAAAAGGUGGCUGGCUACGAGCUGACUGCGGACGGCGUGCGCGCUGUCUUCCACGAUGGGAGCAAGUCGGAUGAGGGUGCCAUGCUCAUUGGUGGCGACGGCAUCUAUUCCAAGAUUGCGCAGCAGGUAUCGGGCGGCCGCCUCAAGACGUACGACACGGGCGCGCGCGGCAUUCACGGACAGGCGCCAACGACGGCGUUCAAGGGCCUCGGCGAGGGCGUCUUUGCGCUGCGCGGGCCCGACGGCGUCGGCAUCAUUACCAACGUCCGGCCCGGCGAGAUGGACGACGCCGGCGUCGAGUUUGGCUGGACCAUGACGGCGCGGCCAGGCACCAUCAACGCGCCCAACGACGACUACAGCAUCGUCGGCUCCGUGGCCGCCUCCAUCGCCAAGGACCUCACCAAGGACUGGCACCCGCGCUUCAGGGCGCUGGUGGAGCAGAUGCGCGAAGAAGAGGCCGCGUUUUGGAAAAUUACCUGCUCCACGCCCUCUGGCGUCCCGGAGUGGCCCAACGUGGCGAGGGUGACGGUCAUUGGCGACGCCGCGCACAGCAUGACGCCGGCGGGCGGGCUGGGUGCGAACACAGCAUUGCGAGACUCGGCGUUGCUGGGCCGCCUGAUUGGCGAGGCUGGGGGCUUCAAGGAGGGACUCACGGCAGCGUACGAAAAGGAGAUGCGCGUGUACGGGAGCGAGGCAGUGGGCCAAAGUUACGGCCUGGCAAGCAGACAGUUUGGGAUUCACAUUGACGAGGAUAAGACGAAGCUGGCUUCGUAG